GGGCGCGGCGGGCGGCGGGCGCCAUGGCGGCGGCGGGGCCCUACGCGCUGCUGAGCAGCUGUGACGGCGGCUUCGCGGCGGAGGAGCUCGUCAGGCGCAUCACAGGAAGAGAGGACCUCACUGUGGGUGCAACCACCACUGGAGGAGUGAGCUUUUACCCCUGGACAAUAGAUAAUAAGUACUACUCUGCAGAUAUUCACCUCUGUGUGGUGCCAAACACAGCUCUUGUGACAGGAGCGAUCGCUGAGUCUGUGCAGGCGUUUGUGGUCUACUUCGACAGCUCAAUAAAAUCUGGACUGGAUGGUGUCUCUGAAUGGCUUCCCCUGACAGAAGAGUGGCUACCAGAAGUCAUGAUCCUGGUCUGUAACAGAGUAUCUGAGCAUGGCGUUAACAGACAGAAAGCUCAAGAAUGGUGCAUCAAGCAUGGCUUUGAACUGGUGGAACUCAACCCUGAGGAGCUACCAGAUGAAGAUGAUGACUUCCCGGAGUCCACAGGAGUGAAACGAAUUGUGCAGGCCUUGAAUGCCAACGUGUGGUCAAACGUGGUCAUGAAGAAUGACAGGACCCAGGGCUUUGGCCUUCUCAGUACGUUAGCAGGUGCGAACUGUAGCAUUGGGUCAGAAGAGAACCAAGAUACAGAAUCCAAUCCAGCAGCAGCAGACAGAGAAGAACCCCAUUUAGACAACCGAGAGGAUGCAGCUAGCACAAACGACCUACAGAUCGACAGUGUUGUAGAUCCCGUGUUAGAUACAGAUAUUCAGGAGCUGGCCAGCCUGACCACGAGAGACGGCGACCUGGAGAACUUUGAAAGGCUGUUUUCAAAGUUGAAAGAAAUGAAAGAAAAAGCUGCAACGCUGCCCCAUGAACAAAGAAAACUACAUGCAGAAAAGGUGGCCAAAGCGUUCUGGAUGGCGAUUGGAGGAGACAGAGAUGAAAUUGAAGGUCUCUCCUCGGAUGAAGAAAACUGAGGUCUUCUGUAGCUGUAAGCAACGGAGUGAUCUUAAGAGUGAUCUUUUCCUGCAGUGAGUGUUAAUUGCAGAAAGCCCCAUUUAGCUUUAGUUGCUCUCUUUGGUUAAAGGAUUCACCAUAUCGUUGUAAUGAGUAACACAUCCACAACACCUUAUGGUUAGAGUGGUUUUGUCUGACUGUUCGUUCUCCCUCAGAGAGUUUUGGAUGACAACAUAUGCAUUUAGGGGAAAUAAGAGGUUAGUUUACAUUUUUCAAAUUAACAUUUUUAUAGUUUCCUCUUUUGAGUUUAAAGAAACAAUUUUACUACCAGUUAUCUUUCUACAUAUGGCUGGUGGUUGUUAAACAACUACUUAAUUCUAAACUCAACAUUUAGAUGUAGGUCUGUUUGAUGUUUCUGUGUAGCUUUAUAGCUGACUUACAAAACAAACCAGAUUUCUAUGAGGCAUGAAGAGAAACUCGGUGUGCUGUGCCCUAUUGGAGAUGCUGCGCCAGGGCUGCGGGGUUAAUCCUGCUGAGUGCCAGAGCCAUUAAAAAUGGCCCAUAGGCUUUGAUUUCUGUUUGUGUUUGUAAGCAUGUGGUCCUUCCCUAAGAACUGCGGAGCUGUGCCACACUCCUCAGGUUGCCAUCAGAAAGGAGAUUUGGGAUUAAAUGCAAGACAGACUUCUGCUCCUGUUCCAGGCAUGAAUUUCCCUGCUCAAACCUUCUGCAGUGCAUUGCCUCCAACAGCUUGGAGAACACACAGACCUUCACGCAGUGAGCCCUGACCCACACACUGCAUUACAAACCUCCCCCGGUGCGUUCACUGCAGACUUAAGCUCCUGUGUGUUAAUUAGGACGUAGCAGAGUGCACGUCUCAAAUCGCUGCUUCGUGGUACCGAGGGUUGGAAACAUUCCUUCAUCCUCAGCAUUGGGAUACUGACAUUUCUGCACAGCCACACGGGCUUCCUGGAGAGCGUAGGCACAGACAGCACUGGUCAGGAAGGCGCAGUUUGGGGAGGAGAGAUGAAGAGGUGAACUCCCUCCCUCCUGCUGUGCCGCAGCCACCUGUCAGCUCCCUGCUGCAGAACCACUCCCGAGGCUGUACCACAUGAAGUGUUCUCCCCAGGAGUGUUUCCUUACCACUCUGGAAACAGGCAGUGCUCAGCAGCCUUACUUUGAAGUUAACUUUUCCAAUGUCUGCUCUUUGAGGUCAGUAAAUUUAGUGAGUCUUAGGCUGUGGCUUUCCAUAAAAUACCUGACAGCUUUAAAUUCCAAAGGCACUUUCACAGUGGUUCUUGACAUUCACUGCCUGUUCUUUUAGGAUUAAGCAGAGCUAAAACAAUAGGCUUCUUUGAAUACUGCAAAUCGUUCCCGGGUAAAAACUGAGGUGUUUUCCAUUCUAAGAAGCAGAACUAAUGCCUUGUGAGUAGAUGGAAUAGCAUUUCUCACAUAAAGACGGAGCAGUCGCCCCCCCACAGCAAAGGACAUUGUAAAGCAGCACCGUUCCUUUUGCAGGGAUGCACUUCCAGGCACUGAAGGGCGCACAGCCGCUCCCCCCGCCCCGAGCGGCGCCCAGCAGCGCCCCGGCCUUGCUGGGACUCUGCCCUCUCCUCCAUUUGCUCCUCUUUCCUUUUCUCUCAUCACAGAGAGCUGCAGUAAGGAAGUGAAGGUUGUUGCUUCCAAGCAGGGAACGGUUUUCUCUGUUUGCUUCUCGGCAGGUGAAGGUUGGGUGUGUUUUUUUUCCCCUUUCUGACUGUUUGUUGUGCAAUAGAGAUGCAUGGCAAAGUGCAGAGUAAAUUAAUUGAAGGCAGCGAAGAGCAUAAUGCACUCGAAUACUUCAUAAAAACAGUUUUUAUACGUGUGUUAUACAUGUCAUAGUUUAAUUAAACUGAACAGAAUGAUAAAAGUUUAGAUUCUUUUCCUGUUCACAGGGUAGGAGCAGAUAAACCAACCCCCACAGCUGCCUUACCCCAGCAGUGAGGUACCCCAGCCUGCCACACACACAGCAGUGAGAGCGGGUGUGUGAGAGCACAGAGCAGUGUGGACAGCAGAAGCAGGAUUUAAGCAGAGAAGUGGUGCAGCGGGGGGGAGGUAUCCAUAUUGCUGCUAAGACUGGAAAAAAACUGUACACAUUUUCAUGCAGCUCUUACUGACAUAUGACAGUGUAAAUGUGUCUUGUUAGCAAAUACAUUCCAUGCUUCAAGAAAGCAUUACUCAUCAAGGUAGGAAGUGUGGCUGAGAGAUACUGGAAAGCAGUUUUAAUGAUCCUUAAAGAUGAUUUGUACUGCAUUUUUCAACCCAAGUUUACUUUGCUGGUGGCUGAGGUGUUUUUUAUUUCCUGGAGAGCCUUCUUUCUUUUUGGCUGCAUCAUUUCUUUACACAACAGCUAUUACUAAAAUGAAUAAAAGGGGCAUUAGUGGAAUUGCAAACUGAAA